GAUCACGGGUAGCAAGAAAUUCGACGGCAGAUUUGCUUCACAAUGGCCACGAUGGCCGAUCCACCAGUUUUCAGGGAACUUGCCAAAAUCCAGAAAGAUAUAGGCCUUCCUCCGGGCCUAAAGUUAAGCGACUAUGGUCAAUGUCGGUCAUAUGUCCAAAAUUCAACGGAGCCGUGCAGCAAGCCAGCUUGCAGCAUUGCAAAGCGAGACGAACUUGACGUUCUUUUGUUCGAGUUCCGACAUAUGACAGAGUGCGGGCAUACUGAUAAAUUUUAUGAUAAGAUAGAAAGUUAUAUCACUCUUACGCACUGCUCUAGUCACCGUCAAAAAGCAAACAAGGCUUUCACGAGAUGGAAGGCCCAAUACAUUGCAACUGCUCCCAAUUUGGUAAAGGGGGUAUCCACGGUGAGGCCAUCAGUGAGGCCCUCGGCGACGUCCUCGGCAACGACCUCUAGUGAUUCGCUGGGGACUUGGAGCGAAACUAGCAUUAUGACAUCUCCGACGCCCACCAGCCCUAUGUCUGACGUUUCAGGAGACAAAUCAGCAUCAGACUUCGGCAUUGAAAAAGAGAUGAAGAAUCUGGCCAUUGAGGUUGAUGCACCAAACACCACGCGCCGUAUAAUCAACGACCCUUUUGAAAUCCAAAAGCUGGUAGACUGGUUGAAGCCUCUUGGCGCAGUGUCAUUUCCAAAUGUAAGGAAAAAAAAGGACAAUGCCAAGAUAUUCGAAACAAUGGAAAAUCCCCUACCCAAUGCUAGCAUGGCUCAACAGGGGAUUGUAUACAUAUAUAAACAUAACAUUUUACCUGGUAUAUUCAAGAUCGGAUUCUCCACGAAGUCCGCAGAAGAGAGGAAAAAGCAGAAGGGUAACUGUUAUGGCGUCGAUACAACGGUCAUCUAUGAAAGUAAACCAUUUGUGGGAGCUCGACAAGCCGAAAAGAUUGUUCAUACCGCGUUGGCCGCUGAGAAUUUUCAUGUUCACAACUGUCGACUUUGCCCCGGAAACAGGAGACGCACACACAAAGAGUGGUUUCUUACAUCCGAAGACCAGGCACUUACCAAAGUCAAAGGUGCAGAAUCGUGGCUCCGACUGCCCGCAUAUGCUCUGACUCAACCAAAAUAUGAGCUAACGCCACAGGGGAGAGCUAUCUAUGAGAGGAUGACUCGGUUUUCGAUGAGUGAAUGGCGCCGGCAUACUCAUAGCGACGAUACAUCAGAUAAUGUAUCGGAUGUCCGUUGUGCCGAAAAGUCAGCAACUGGUGUUGAGCAAAUAUACAUACCUCGCUCAUCUUCUCCCGUUACUGACAACGGACUUUGCAUAUCCUACGAUGGAGGCUUUACCACCACCAUCUCUAAAAGGCCAGAGCCACAAAUAGCACCUCAAUCUAUGGCGGUUGGCAGAUUUUUGGACCAAGCCCUCGAAGUAGCUGACAAAUACCAGCUACAGUCCAAAGAUCAGGGUUACGAAGAAACAAACAUCCAAGCAAAGGAGUCCUGGGUUCUCGCACGCAGAGAUCCAAACGAGUCAAAUUUGGAGGUCAACAAUGACGAGAAAUUCGACAAUGACGCGAGGUCUAAAGCUCUCGGACUCAAACAGCCAAACGAAGAAAAUAUAGCACCUCAUAGUGACGAAGAAUGCAGCCAAGCUGAAGAGUCAUGUGCUCUUGUACUCAGAAACUCAAGCGAGGCAGAUUCAAAAAUGGAAACACCUGAGGAGCACAACCAAGCGGGGGAGACUUGGGCUCUUGCUUUCAGACGACCAAACGAGACAAAUCUGGAGGUGAACGGUGCUAUUGUCAACCUUUUUAGGUUUCUCUUAAUAGGAGAGCCACGAGAGCUGAGAGCCGUCCCCGUAUUCUACAAUUCAUAGAAAUUGAUACGGUUUGAUCUGGUAUUUUCAAUGAGGAAACUCUAGAAGUUGCAGUUUUUAGGGGUAUAUGAAGUAGAUAGUGAAGAGCUUGGGUUGCGUUUAGGUUUUAUAUCGAGUGUAAUACUUUCUGUUUGUGACAUUGCUAUGUCCCCAGAUUUAGUCAGAUGUAUUCCUUUUAUAUGCACAAACGAAAAUGUUAAAACUAUAAACGUAGUACUCAAACUGAAUGUUAAGGAGAACCUUUAUGUUCGAAUAAGAAUAGCUCUCAUUUAGUCUGCAAAGUGAUUCACGAUGAAGC